GUUAUUAUUAUGAUCUGAUUUUCUGCUAAAUAUUGUUUUGGCACAUUCACUGUGAUAAUUGUUUGGAAAAGGACCACAACUAGCGUUGUGCUGUGGCCUUCACUCCUUGACUCCCUGCAGAGGCCAAAAAGCCAUCGACACAGAGUUCAUCAUGACUUCAUCACAGGACAAAGUCUAUGACCUAGUCAUAGUUGGAGCUGGAAUGAUUGGCUCGGCAUCAGCCUAUUAUGCUUCACAGAUACCUGGAGUGUCUGUCUGCCUAAUUGGUCCUCCGGAACCUGUAUCUCGCAAAGGCCAUGAAAUAUUUGGGUGCUGGUUUGAUGAAGGUCGAAUAUGCCGUCGAGUAGCUUUUGAACACACUUGGUCAGUCCUAGCUACCGAAUCCAUCGACAGAUUUAGGACCAUAGAGAAAAAGACUGGCAUUAACUUCUACACAGAGUCCGGGUUUGUGUUUGUAAUAAAAGAUGAAGAUAAAUUUUCCAUUGCCAAGGAGAGAAGCAAAGAAAGUGGUCUUGCUGCUGAAGAUAUUACAGAGUCUUGGAAGAGAGUCUUUCCUUAUCUAAAAUUACCAGAGAAUGCCUUUGUAUUUUGGGAAAGAGAUAAUGCAGGUUUUAUCAAUCCAAGGCAACUUGUGAAAGCACAUCAAACGGCUGCCAGACAGAAUGGAGCCCAAGUUGUUCAGAAAAUUGUAUCUACUAUUCAGUCUGCUACAGAUUUUGGACACAGAUGGACAAUUGAAACAGAGUGUGGUGACAAGUUUCACUGUGCCAAUGUCUUGGUUGCUGCUGGUGGAUUUGCAGGCCUAAAGCCACUCUUCAGGCAUGUUGCACCAGGUUUAGUCCCAGACCUUGAGCUCAGAACUCAAACGGUAUCAUUCCUAAGGAUUCCAGAAGAGGAAGCUCAGAGACUGAAUACCAUGCCAACAAUUGUGACAAAAUGUGCAUUUGAAAAUCUUGAUGGUGCUUAUGUCCUGCCUCCUAUCAAAUACCCAGAUGGCUACUGGUAUGUGAAACUUGGUCAUGGCAGAGUAUAUGAAAAGAAGAUGAAGACACUCUCAGAAGUGAGUGUGUGGUAUGCCCAACAGACGGGUAUUCCAGAAUGUGUUGAUUGCUUGGCACGAUAUAUGAAAUAUAUGCUACCAGAUUUGAAAGUGGAAGAAGUGUCAGGAGAUGGAUGCCUUACAUCCCACACACCAAAUAAUGAGCCUUACAUCGAUCUUAUAGCUCCUGGCUUUGGUGUUGCUUUAGGGGGUAAUGGUUAUGCAGCCAAAGCCAGUGAUGAAAUUGGAAGACUUGCAGCUCGACUGGUGUUGCUUGGAGAGUGGAAGUCGGAAAUACCAAAGGACAGAGUCAAAAUGAUUUGGAAAGCAGAAUCACAUUUGUGAUCUAUUCUGAUAGAUGUAGAUUACAAAAAUAAUUUGUAAUGCUCUGAAAGGGAUUAUACUUUAUUUUUACUCUUUUUAUGAAAGUACUUUAGUCUUAAAACAUUACUAUUGUUCAUUUACAUUUCUAAUUUUUCAUAUAGCUGGCAUAUCAUCUCUCAGAUGUUAGUCAUUUGAUAGAAUAUAUUACAUACUGUUUAUAUCAUGUAAAUAAAGAACCUUAAUAGUUC